AUGCCUAAGUCAAAGGAGCGUGAGGAAGCCACCUCAGAAGACAGUGGAUCUGAAGAGGAGAUUGAAAAUGGCAAGAAGAACAAGAAGAAAGUGGUGCACUCCAAGCCCCCAGAGAAGAAAGCCAGGAUGGCACCCCAGCCAGCCGCUAAAAACGUCAGCCCAGCCAGCCCAGACAGCUCAGAGGAGAGCAUGUUCCAGAUAGGAAAGCUGCGUUAUGUCCAGGUGUCCCUUUUUAAAGGGCAAGUCCUGGUAGACCUUCGUGAAUUCUACACGGACAAGGCGGGAGACAUGAAACCUGGGAGGAAAGGAUUCAACCCUUAA